GGAUAGGUGUACCUGGUGGGGCCCCACUGCAUCGCGUUACCUUCGUCGGUCCCCGUGCCACAUUAGUCGCGAUCGCGUGCCCGAGCCGUCAAUCGUAUGCUGCAGGAGUCGAGACAGUAGAAUUUUUCAUAUCGGAGUAAUAAGAAGCAGGAAGAAACGAAGUACGUUUCAAUAAAGAAAAUCAACUGAUCGAAUCUUCGGUGAUUUUAUAAGUGUGACGAUUCCCAUAUUGAUUGGAUUACAAGAUGAAGAUCGCCACAACGUUGUUCCUAUUCGUCGUUGUCGGCUGCACGUGGCGGGAGACUGUAGCGACUUGCGUACUGGAUUCGGAUUUUGGUUUCACGCUAAACUGCGCCUUCAAAAAAUCCGGCCUAUUUCGGGUUCGGAAUCUUGGAGGCGUCAAGGGUUACGUAGGUCUUGGAUUUUCCGUCGGAGAUGAACUCGGCUUUCGUGAUUCCCUGUCCAACUUGGAGAGCAAUAAAAGAAGAAGCACUCAAGUCAGAGGGAAUUCGAUUCCGAUCGGUACCACUGCUAACACCGGAGUGAGCCGCAACGAUGUUCGCCAGGGUGUACAAGCCGUCAAGAUCGUUCCUCCCUUUAAACCUCUGCCCCCGGGUGGAUCGCGACCGAUGGCCCAGCAACCGGAACGCCAGAGACUCGUGGUACAGCAAAAUUCGACGGCAUUCAGAACGGUUCCUGCGCCCUCGUUUGCAGCGAUGCAAGAGGACAGCAAGAAGCAACAGCAACGUGCACAGCAAGAGGCGUUCGCUCUACAGAUGCUCAGGCAGCAACAGAUGCAACAGCAACAGGCCCUCAGAGAUCAGCAAUUGCAGUCGCAGAACAGGAGAGUCUUGCAGAACGCGCAGAGUUUCGGUGGAACAUCUCCAACGGCAGCUUCUCAGACAGCCAAAAAAUCAUCUAGUAAUUUUAUGAACGGUUUACCGCCGUUCAUUGCGAUGCCAGAAUCAUCCGCACAAUUGACCGACAGGAUCAGUCAUAGUCCAACGGUGCUCGAAGACUCGACGAACGAGGUUUCAAAGGAUGAUUUUUACCAGCUGCCCAUACCUUCCGACGAGGCUGCUGUAUCUUCGGUGAACCAAUUGACCCUCCGAUCAAUAUCUCCCGCAGCCGCUAAUCAGGCUUCACAAUCCCAGCAGGAAUCUAACGGCUACAAUAAUCCUCAGCCUUCAAUUCCUUCGCCAUCUAUGUCUUCCCUUUCCUUGGUCCAAGGGAUGGAACCGUCUCUCAAAGCCCUUGCCGAAGCGAGUAAUGUUACUCUCGAAGCACUGCAGACUGCCAUUUUACUCAGACAGCAACAGCUUAUGCAAAAACAUCAGCAGCCAACGACGACAACCUCGACUAGCACCACAACGUCCACCACAACAUCGAGUCCUCUUAGAAACAAGUACAAUCUGGCUGCACCAAGUAAAGUGAUGAAUGCUCCGCGAGAGUAUUAUCCAGUUGGGUACGACAAAAAUUUCGACGACAAUUUUGCAAGUCGGGUUGAAUUGCCGGACACAAGUUUUUACUGCGGUGACCAGAAACAUUUCCCUGGACUUUACGCUGACGAGGAUUUGGGCUGCAUGGUAUUUCAUGUCUGCGCUCUUACCGAUGACGGGCUGAUCAUGAAAAGUUUCCUUUGUCCUGAGUCAACACUGUUUGAUCAGACAGUCCUUAAAUGUAACUGGUGGUUUUAUGUUGACUGUAAGUCCUCGAAAAAGCUGUACGACAGCAAUAUUCCUAUAAGCAAAAGUUAUCAGCUCAUGAAAGCACUCGCCUUUUUUUCGGCUUACAAAAAUCACGAAAAUGGAACAACGAGCUCGCCGGUUGAGCCUCUGUGAUCAAAUGCAUCAUGGGACUUGUACAGUUGCGGUAAAAUUAAAGACUGCACGCAGUAUAAAAAUGGGUCUGAGUCACAGAUCAAUCCUGUAAUAUUAUUCAAAUAAUCAAAAUACUUUGAAUACAUGCAUAUAUACAUAUGAUAGAUCAAAGAUAAUUAGAAAAUGCAUGAAGCAUAACUCAAUAUUGUUACGUUAUGAGAUGUAUGAGAUAUCGUCUAAAGCUGCAAAGUGUUUCAGAAAUUAUUAAUUAAAUCAUACGUAGGAAACGCUUGGGCACUUGCCUUCACUGAAUUUAAGGGUGUAUAUAUAAUUAUUUUAAGAUUAUAGAUUUAAUGGAUAGAAUUAUGUUAUCAGAAAAUAACUGUAAAUAGUCAACUCCGUUUAUUAUUCCUACACUUCUUUUUUAAUAGACUUUUGAAUAAUAAACGAGAUAGUUCACGAAA